AUGAAGAAGAGAGCAGGGCAAAUUAGAAGAGGGCAAGGCGACGUCACGAAUGAGGUUCGACAACCAGAUGAGGAAAUUGACGAGUUAGAAACCUUAGCAGUGCGUACGAAAUCACCUAGAAUGCUUAUUACAGUAUCUGCGUCGACAAAGAUUCGCGAUGAGCUGAGAUUGAAGCUACGUACGUCUCUUAGCAAAGACAUUACUUUAAGAGAGCUAGAUUAUCAGCCGUCAGAUUAA